GUACUGCCCGAGCCCGGGCGGGGUCUCUGUUCUCUGGCAGAGGAGGUCCCUUGGCAGCGGGAAGCUCCCUCUCUUUCUCUCGCCGCCGCUCGGAGUCUGCGCCCUGCUGCCAGGCGCCCAGCUCCGCGCUCCUCUGUGCUCGCCCGGCGCCCACUCAUUCGCAGCCCAGCCUUCGCCGCCGCUGCCGCCUCCCUGCUCCUCCUCCUCCUCCUCCUUUCCCCAGCCCGCCGCGGCGAUGGCGGACAGCGCCAGCGAGAGCGACACGGACGGGGCGGGGGGCAACAGCAGCAGCUCGGCCGCCAUGCAGUCGUCCUGCUCAUCGACCUCGGGCGGCGGCGGCGGCGGCAGCGGCGGGGGAGGUGGCGGCGGUGGGAAGUCGGGGGGCAUUGUCAUCUCGCCGUUCCGCCUGGAGGAGCUUACCAACCGCCUGGCCUCGCUGCAGCAGGAGAACAAGGUGCUGAAGAUCGAGCUAGAGACCUACAAACUCAAGUGCAAGGCGCUGCAGGAGGAGAACCGCGACCUGCGCAAAGCCAGCGUGACCAUCCAAGCCAGGGCUGAGCAAGAGGAAGAAUUCAUCAGUAACACUUUAUUCAAGAAGAUCCAGGCUUUGCAGAAGGAGAAAGAAACCCUUGCUGUAAAUUAUGAGAAAGAAGAAGAGUUCCUCACUAAUGAGCUCUCCAGAAAAUUGAUGCAGCUGCAGCAUGAGAAAGCGGAACUAGAACAGCAUCUCGAACAGGAGCAGGAAUUCCAGGUCAACAAACUGAUGAAGAAAAUUAAAAAACUGGAGAAUGAUACAAUUUCUAAGCAGCUUACAUUAGAACAGUUGAGACGAGAGAAGAUCGACCUUGAAAAUACUUUGGAACAAGAACAGGAAGCGCUAGUUAAUCGUCUCUGGAAAAGGAUGGACAAACUUGAAGCUGAAAAGCGAAUCCUGCAGGAGAAAUUAGACCAGCCCGUCUCUGCUCCCCCGUCACCUAGAGACAUCUCCAUGGAGAUAGACUCUCCAGAAAACAUGAUGCGCCACAUCAGGUUUUUAAAGAAUGAAGUGGAGAGGCUGAAGAAGCAACUGAGAGCCGCUCAGUUACAGCAUUCUGAGAAAAUGGCCCAGUAUCUGGAGGAGGAGCGCCACAUGCGGGAGGAGAACCUGCGGCUGCAGAGGAAGCUGCAGAGAGAGAUGGAGAGAAGAGAGGCCCUGUGUCGACAGCUGUCCGAGAGCGAGUCCAGCCUGGAGAUGGAUGACGAAAGGUAUUUUAACGAGAUGUCUGCGCAAGGAUUAAGACCUCGCACUGUGUCCAGCCCGAUCCCUUACACGCCUUCUCCAAGUUCAAGCAGGCCUAUAUCGCCCGGUCUAUCAUAUGCAAGUCACACAGUUGGUUUCACGCCACCAACUUCACUGACUAGAGCCGGAAUGUCUUACUACAAUUCCCCGGGUCUUCAUGUGCAGCAUAUGGGAGCAUCCCAUGGCAUCACAAGGCCUUCACCGCGGAGAAGCAACAGUCCUGACAAAUUCAAACGGCCCACACCGCCUCCGUCUCCCAACACACAGACCCCGGUCCAGCCCCCUCCGCCUCCACCUCCGCCGCCCAUGCAGCCUGCGGCCCCCUCGGCAGCCACCUCGCAGCCCGCCCCUUCGCAACAUCCGGUGCACCCCUCUUCCCAGCCUUAAUGCAUGUGCUUAGUCUGCAUCUCCUGUUGGGACUCGUACCGUGGAGCCGUCUACUCAACGCCAAAGGCUUCCUUCCCUGGCAUUUUUGGAUCUGACUUAUUUGCACUGAGGUUAUCUAGGCUUCACUAUUAAUUGUGUUGUAAGUGUUUGUCGGAAACGCAGCCAGUGUUGUGGGUCUACAACACUAAACAGAUGACUUUUCCCAUCAGUGUUUUACUUGAAUCUACAUGUACGUCCAUUCCCUGGCUGGAACAUUCGCUAUUCGAUAUUUGGUAAUUCAGCAGUAGUGUGCAAUUUUUGCUUGGCCCCAGAGCUUCAUUUUCCUGGCUUUUAGGUUUGUAAAAUAAAAAGGGAUAUCUUUUUUACAUUUUUUUUUCAUGAAUUUGCAGAAAAUUACUGAGCUGUUACUCCCCUCCCCCCGCCCCCCAUUAUAAUGGUGUUUACCAAACAUACCAAUAAUUCAGCACUACAAUUCAGACCUUUGAAAAUCUAGCUUUCGGUGUCGAAUGGAAAGUUAGAUGCAUCAGUGCCCAAGACAAUAUACUCUUUGAUAGAGCUUUCUACAGGUACACUUUUUAUAGGUUAUUUUCAGUAUAUGUCAACAUCCAUGUCUCUUGUGAAACGACAGGCUAAAGUAAUGGAUCACAUGGCUGUACCUUUUCCACAUACACGUGUGAUGGAUAAUUAUUGUAUAUUAAGGUGUGAUUCUUUCCUUAUCUUUAGUGUUAACCUACCCAGGCCGGCCCCUCUAACACGAGUCGAUAAAUGUUGUCCUGCCCACCGGUGGUUUUGAUGGCUGAUUAGACACACUCUUUGAUUUCUGCUGCAGAAGGCAACAUGAUUGUAACAGAAACAGCUAUUUUCCCCUUGCCAUUCUUCGUGUUCCCCUAAAAUAGAGUUUGAACAAAUAUCUUAAAGGUGCAAAAUACUAUUAGAAAGUACUAUUUGAAAUGAACAUUAUAGGAAUCUCUUGGCAUAACAGCCACAGAAUACUUUAUUGCUUGGCAGAAGAGACAGAGGUGAGACGGAAGUAGCACAUAAGCUGGAUGAGCACUUGUGUCGCCCAGCGUAAGCAAGUGCGGUGUACAAACAAGUAUACUCUGAAUACAUUAUUUCCACUCAUUUAGCACAAAUAAAUCGUUUGGUUUCACUUGGAAGUGGAACACUGUGAGUCACUCUUUUCUUAAUAUUUGCAACAUCUUUAUUUUUGCUUUUCAGCAGUUACUGUUUUGUACUUUGGUAGUAAAGUGAUUUUUACCACCUGUGUUUGCAUAUUUAUAUAUGCUGUGGAUGAAAAUAACUUACUAGAGAAUGUA